AUGAAGACCACCAUUUUCGCAUCUGCCGCCGCCACCAUCAUCGGCUUCACCUCUGGCACUAUGGCCAACCACUGCAGCUGGGAUUUCUACGAAGGACCCAUCUUCAGAAAAUGGCUCGUUAUCGGCUCCGGCGUCGAUGAUAUCCCUGCCCGUUGCGGCGGCUUCUGGGACGGCAUGAAUAACAAGAACUUCCACGGAGCCUGUGGAGCUCUCACCAGCACCAACUGUGGCAAGGAUAAGAACGGAGACAUGGUCAUCAACUUCACUUCGCUCUCGGGUUGCAACAGUGGCCAUGUUGAGUCGGCUUGGUGGGAGGCUACUAAGAACAAGUUCGGCGCCAUCAAGUGCAAGUAA